CUAAACUCAUCGCAGAUCCAACGAAAACCACCAUCAUCAUCAUCAUCAUCGCAGCCACCGUCCACCGUCACGAUUCAACGAAACCAUCAUCAUCAUCAUCGCAACCACCAUCGUUCUCUUUAAUUUCAGAGAAUCAACGAUUCAACGAAACCAUCAUCAUCAUCAUCAUCAUCGCAACCACCAUCAACAUCGCAAUUCAACGAUCCAACGAAAACACCAUCAACAUCAUCAUCGCAACAUACGGGUGAAAACAUUUAAGUACCUAGAGAUGGUAGAUGCACCAACCUUCAGUCUCGGGUUGACAGCUUCGGAUGAGGAGAAAGGGAAUGCUUCAUCAUCUGGUGCUGAGGCAAAUGUACAGCAUAAAGGAAAGGAAAAAAAAGAUGAGAAGAAAGUAAGCGAUAAAGUGGGGAAAGAUAACGAUGCCGAUCCAAGAGUGAGGCACAAGCUUAGCAUACCUAAGGUGUACGACAUUAUGCAAUUGAUAGAAGGAAAAAGAAGGAAAGAUCAGAUAAUUAAGGAACUUACCGAAUGUGGCUUUGGAGGAAUGAGGUAUAUAUGUAAUUGGACAAAGAUUCCUACCUCCUUUGUGGAUUGGAUAGUAAAAAGCUUUGAAAAAGAGCACAUGUGGAUUAGACUGACAAAGACAAAGGUACUCCCUUUGAGAGAUGAUGAUGUACAUCGAGUGUAUGAUCUACCAAUGGCGGGGAAGGAAAUUAACUUGGAUCUUUGUUCUGAUGGAGCUAUAAGGAGACUAAGAAGAGAAUUAGGAUUGGGUGGGGGUAGUUCUCCACGUGUGAAGGUGAGUGAUUUGGAAAGUAAAUUGAAGACGAUCGAGCAUCCAAAAGCAUGGGUUAAAGGGGCAAUCUGUUAUAUCAUUCACAAUAUUUUGUGCCCCACUAAUCAUAGUGGUGUAUCACUACAAUAUGCACAAAUAUUGGAGGAUCCAGCCGGCGUGUCAUCGUACAAUUGGUGUUCAUAUGUUCUUCAAUAUAUGAAAGAAGGUUUGCAAAAUCCGAUUGUUGCAAAUCCAUUAGCCGACUUCCAUUUCCUCAUGAUUAAUUAUAUGGAAAAGAUGGGGAAGAAAAGCCCAUUUCUGACCGGGAGAUACAAACGACCCUCACUUCGUGAUUGGGACGUAAAGACGGCAACCCAAGAUAUUCAAAAGGUCCACGAUGUUAUGGGACUCGAGUAUGGGUUGACAGCCGGUGUAACCACAUUGAACAACACUGAUGAAGUGCCACUCGUGCUAUGCUUUGAUGCAGAUACUUGUCCAUUGUCUGCGGCACCGAUGCACCUUAAUCACUGUAGGUCCUGUAUAAUGAUCUACAAUAGAGCUGCUGAAAUAUUGGAAAGAAGGUUAGCUGAAGGUAAAGAUGGGGCAGCUGAACAAAAAGUUGGAAAUGAAGAGGCAAAUAUUGAUGAGGGAAAUGUUAGGAAACAAGGUGAACAAAAAGAUGGGGCAGCUGAACAAAAAGUUGGAAAUGAACAGGCAAAUAUUGAUGAGGGAAAUGUUAGGAAACAAGGUUUAAGAUAUAAAUCAUCAGCUAACAGAAGAAAAAUAAUUCCCAAUGUAGGAGAUGAGGAAGCAGAUGAUGGACAAGGAAAACAACCACCACUCUCUGGUACACAAGAAACAAUACUGCAGUAUCCACAAUAUUUUGAUGCAGGGAUGGAGAAGAAGGGUGAGAAAAAUAAUGAAAAGAAUAAUGAGAAGGAUGACAAGAAGGAUGAGAAAACUGAUGAAAAGAAACAUGAGAAGAAGGUUGAGAAGAAUGAUGAAAAGAAGGAUGGGAAGGAUGACAAGAAGGAUGAGAAAACUGAUGAAAAGAAACAUGGGAAGAAGCAUGUCGGAUGUGGAGCUGAUGAGGGAAAUGUUGGUAAAAAAAGUCUAAGGUAUAAAGCAUCAGUUAAACAAAGAAACAAUACUGCAGAUGAUGAGGAAGCAGAUGAUGGGCAAGGACCACAACCACCACUCUCUGUUACACAAGAAACAAUACUGCAGUAUCCACAAUAUUUUGAUCCAUCAUCAGAAUACUGUGAAAAUGUUUUUGUAGAGGCAACUCCGUUAAGGACGGUGUUGGUUGAUGAAAUCAUUGACUUGAGUCAAGCGGACACUGUUAAGCCAACUAGAAUGAAGAGGAAGCAUGAAAAGGAGGAUCGCACAUAUCCUGAACGUAGACGAGCUGUGAAGAAAUCAAAGUACCUUACAAGCCCAUAUGAUACUGCUGUCUACGAGUCAACUGCAACUAAAUUGCAGAAGGAUAUAUGCACCUAUGCAUGGAGCAGUUCAAUUGAUGAGGAGGAAAUUCUGUACUGCUCCAGAUCACAUGACUUCACUCUACAACGGAAAGAGUUAUGGACUCUAAACAAAGAUGAAUGGAUCAGUUGCUUUGUUGUAAAUAGUUGGGUAAAUUACUUGAAUUGGAGGCAACGAAAAGGACAAAUGACAAGGCUUGUUACACAAUAUAUCAAUUAUCAAUACAUGGAAAGACCGGAUGCACUGGAAAUGGAGCAACCAGCUGCGUUCAAUAACUUCAUUGCAAGACUUAAAUGGUUCAAGUACAUGGAUUGGAAGAAAAUUGACCCUACAAGUCUGGAAUACAUCAUGACGCCGGUAUUGAUUGGCAAUCCAGGGAGUCAUUAUGUGUGCUUUGUUGUCAAUUUGAAAAGCCACAGAUUCCAAUUCCUAAACAGCAUGUAUGGAGAUAGGUUGAAUUUGGACCCACCAAAUAUAUACAAAAAGAUGUUUGAUGUAUGGUUGAAUGAGGUGAAUGCAUUUCUUAUAGGAUUGUAUACUCAUAAAAAAAUGCCAUUCCCUUUCCACUUUAGCAAAUUUAGUUGGGAAUCUCCAAAAAUGCCAACUCAAAUUGAUAAAGACAAUUGUGGAGUAUUCUGCAUGAAAUUCCUUGAAGAAUGGCAAGGUGACCAUUACACCCAAAUGGAGUCUUUCAAAAAUUGGAGCCAACUCGGAAAGCGAGACAAAAUUGCAAGGGUGAUGGACUUAAGAAUUGGGAUAUUGUCCACAAUUUUAACCGACUCCAGCAAUUCAAUAAGACACAAAGUGGAAAAGAAUGCAACUUCUUACUGUGAAGAACUGACUCAAAAGCUAGGAUGAUGU